UUCAGUUGCAGCAAGGGAAUUCGUGUUUUGCGUACACUUUGGUCCUUGACUUUUACCACCACCAAAUCCUCGCAAAAUCAAAAAAGUCCCAAAACACUGCCAUUAGGCGUUUGGUCUGUUAAUCUAGCACGAGUGUUUUGUAAAUAAGGGACGAAAUGGCUUCUUUUGGUGAAUUGUCCUUAUUGGGUGAGGUUUCUGUUUCCUCUACCGUAGAAAAAAAGAAUGGAUAUCGUUCUAGCGGUACUGUGGCUUUAGAAAACGGACAGGAAUCAUCAUCAUUUGUAGCAGUACAAAUUGAAAAACAUGGAAUAGAAAUCUAUAAUCUCAGGGAAGAACGUCUGUUUGCAUCUUGUCCACUACCAGAAAAAACUAUUUUCUCUUGUAAGCCCAUGUACCUCCAUGAGGGAAAUUCGCAUUACAUUUGGGCUUGUACAUCAUCCGCAAAAAGUAGGGGUGAAUGGAAGUUAUUAAGCUGGAAGCAUAAUGAACUUCAAGAGCAUGGUGAGGUACGUUUUCGGGAUUUGUCUAACAAGCCCAUAUUUUCUAUCCAAUUCAUUGCAUCUUCUGGGCAGCUAGUACUUGUCUUUACAAAUGGAGAAGUUUCGUUUCUUGAUCCAGAGGAUGAUAUGAUUCAGUCUGCUGCCUCCAUUCAAGGGUCGGCUACUUUGUUUCAAACUGGUUGCGUAUCCAAACAGGUUGUACCGAAAACAGAAGAAAAUGAAGAGAAUAACUCUUCAAACAUGGACGGAAAGACUCAAAGUCAAAUUGGCGAAGACCUUUUGCCUUCCGUCAAUUCUUCAACUACCACGACAAAUAUCUAUCUUCUUUACGCACUUAAUAUCGAAAAGAUAAAGCAAUUCUAUGUAAGUGUUUUUUCCACAUCAGAGAAACGAUUUCUCUACACAAAGCCGAUUGAAUUAGGUUCUUCUAGUCCUCCUACCCACGUCUUGCUGACAAAAAACUGUGAAAACAUAUUUGCCUUUUUUCCCAAAAAUGUUUUCAUUUAUGCCUCUAAUGAAUCCAAUGGUUCAUAUCAACGUGUAAAAUCUUUCCAGCUAGAAGAUAUGCCGGCUUUAUCUAAUGUGGAUUUAAUAUUUGAUAAGUUUUGUCUUGUGCAAACGAAAAAUCAGGUUUCCUUGUGGGAUUUAACAUAUGGUACUAUUCAGGACGUUUUUGAUACGGAAAAUGAUAUCGCAUUCAUAACAGUGACCAUAAACGGAAACCCCUCUAGGAGAAGUGGCUCGAAGACAAAUACAACUAUUUCUGGAAAUAUCAUUUUAUUGCAGAAGAAGACUAUUGCAUCACUUCCAUUUACAAUGCCGUCAGUUAUGUCUCUUGCGGAUGCAAUUGGAAAGAGAAAAGCGAAAAUUGGUAGAAUUUUAACAAAGCCUGAAACCAUAGCUGAUGGCGCUCUUACAAAGUCAAAGAACAGCGUCACUCUUUGCGAGCAGUUGUUAAAGAAUGUGCAACUGCAAGAUACCUCCCUGCGGAAUGAGUUGCAACAGCUUCAAACGUUUGUGCAAACGAAAGAUGGUGAAUCUUUUGAUGCCAAGUUUUUGAAGUUUGUUGAAGGAUUUCAGACUCAAAACUCUACUAACCGGAAACUUUUAAAAACAAACAGCGUCCUUCCUAUUCCGUUUGUUCAUGCUAUAGAAAGUAUUCUCUUUUCACCUAACCAAGAGCAAGAUUUGGAUCUCUUGUGUCCAGCUAAGGCUACUUUAAAUUACCUUUUAAGAAAUCGUUUGUUUACUUCUUCGAUCUUGAGACUUCACCCCUCAAGAUCUAUCUUUAAUUGCAUUUAUAAAUUUCAAAAAGAAUCGGCUCUUUUGUUACUGGAACGAACACUCGAUCUUCCUGCUUUUGAGGUUGGUUGUGCCAUUAAAAAGGCUUUGUCUAGUAUGAAGACAAAGCUUCUAAAAAUUGGACUUCUGAGACUUUCUCAAUUCGAUAGCGCGGAAGCUCAAGAAGCGUUGCUACUCACUUUAGCUCAAGAAGAUUUCGAUCUGUUAUUUAAGCUAAUUUGUGCUUCUAUUACCGGUAAGAAGACAUCGGUUCCUUUGAAUCUCGAUAUGGAGAUCCUUAUUUAUACUGCUUCUACAGUGUUGGAUGCUAUGGGUGUUGGGGGCAUUGCUGCUAGUAAUGAAAAUCAAAAUACCGCUCAGGAAUUAUAUUCAGGCUUGCAGUCAAAAAUUACUUCACUUACUGCGAUGUCUCUUGUUCUCCCUGCUGUUUCGGAACUUAUAAAACAUAAGAAGAAGGCUACAGCUGAAAACACUUUUGUUCAUCCUAAUCCUCAACCAAAGGCUGUUGUUGACGAUAGAGCUGAUUUAGCAACUCUUUUGAAGAAGGAUGGAAUGGCUGAACAGAGGAAGAACAAGAGUCAAAGAGCUCGCGGUAAAGAGCUUGAUAUGACUAUAGGAAGAUAUACUAUUGAGCGCUUAGAAAUCUAACUAGCAAUCUAGAAAAAAAAAAUUUGUGGUGUUUAAUAUAUAGGGUGUAUUAUGGAAUAAAAUUUUUUUUGUUUAAUGGGAAAAUUAUUGUGGCUCAAAGAUAAAAUAAUACGAACUGUCUGAUACGCUUCUGUUAACUUAUAUUAAUAUUUACACGAAUGAGAUUUUUGAUCGGGUCGAAUAUUUUUUUAUUUUUGUUGCCAUGACUGAGAAGUAG